GUUAGUUGUAGCCAUCUCUAGCUUUAGCUCUCUCAUAAAAGUCUGACUCCGACAAUCAACAGGGAUGGGAGAGGCGCCUGUGGUGAUCUUCCAGCACCUGGUGAGUGUCAGGUGGUGACGGUGCAAAAGCUAUGGUGCUCUGUCUGACACAAUGAAGAAGAUAUUCAGCUUCACCAAGAGGAAGAAACACCCAUCUGGUACUCCCGACAAUGGGAGUGUGCUUUCUGUUGGCUAUGAACUUAAAGAAAAGGACCUCGGGAAGGUUCACAAAGCUGCCUCCGUGGGUGAUUUGGCAAAGCUCAAGCAGCUUGUCAAAAAGAAUGAUAUCAAUCAACUUGACAAGGAGAACAGAACUGCACUUCAUAUUGCCUGCGCCAGUGGACAUGUUGAGGUGGUGCAAUUCCUCGUUGAGAGCAAAGCUAAGCUUAACCUAUGCGACAAUCAAAAUAGAUCUUCCUUAAUGAAGGCAGUGCAGGGCCAACAUGAGCGCUGCGUGAGCAUACUGCUGGAGAAUCAUGCCGAGCCUAACCUCGUGGACGUCAACGGCAAUACAGCCCUGCAUUUGGCGGUGAACAUCCCGUCCAUUUUCACGACUGUCCUGCUUCUGGAGCACGAGGCGGACAUCAAUGCACAAAACAAGGAUGGAUUCACACCCUUGAUUGUGUCGGUGCGGGAGGACCAUAUCGAGAUGGCUGAGUUUCUCCUCAAGGAGAGUGCUGGUCUAAAUCUUAUGGACCAAACCCAAAGGUCCCCGUUAAUGAUUGCUGCUGGUAAUGGACAAAUUAGUAUGUUGCGACUACUCCUUCGGUUUGAUGCAGAUAUCACACUAAAGGAUACCAAAGGGUGGUCGGCUGAUGACUACGCAGUGAUGAAUGGGCAUCAUCCUUGUUCCCUGCUGAUCAUUGAGCACAGCACUCGGAAUGAUGGGCCUUCCCUCUCCAAUCAAGAUCCGGGCAAAAAGAAGAAAAAGUCACUGUUAGGCAGUCCUUCCCAAGACGUAGAAGCAGGCUUCUCUUUGGGAGGACCAGCCACUGACAAAGAUGAGCAUGGAACAAAUGAAGCAGGGGGAGAUUUUGAAGACAACUCUCAGUCGGAGUCACUAAGUCGGGUUUCAAAAAGUGCUGCAGAUGAAUGGGUUUCAUCAGAAGAUGACGAUGAAUCGAUUUUAAUCGAAAAGAAACCACAGAAGGUGAACCUACGGCAAAUGAUUGCAUCCAAAAGAGGAGAAGACGAGCAGGAGGAAGGCCCAGACCUAGAGCAGCCUUCAAGUAGUAAAGCGGGGUCAGACUCUCAAGAGGGAAGCCCAGAAGCAGAGGACUCUGAGGAGGAAGAAGAUGAUGAGGACGAGGAGGAGGAUGAAGAGGAAGAAGAUGAUGAGGACGAGGAGGAGGAGGAUGAUGACGAUGAUGAAAGUGAAGAGGAGGAUGAGGAUAAAGAAGAAAAUGAAUGUGAUGAGGAAGACGAUGAGGAAUGUGUUGCAUCUGUCGAGGCCAACCCGAAUGAAUUUAAAGACCGAGAAAAUCCUUCUAUUACCGGCACCCUUACGGUUAUCGACGAUGAUGAUGAUGCUCAAAACUCACCCGGGGCUGACAUCGCUCCCGGCAGUGAAACUAGUCCUGGUGCCGUAGGGCAGAGUCUGGAUGCCAAAGCGGAGACUAAACAGAAGGACGCUGUCUGCCCAGCUGGAACAGCAAGUUACGCAAUGCCAGCAACAUUAGAUGUCGAGGGGGAUUGCGUCGUGUCGGCUAUUCGGGUCGAAUCGACAUUUUCUGAUGAAGAUGACAGCCAUGGGAAGGAAUGCGCACGGUCAGCGGACCCGCGUUCAGCAGGAGGCCCCAGAACAUCCAAACACGGCACGCAGGUGGGAAACGAUGCCGACGGCUCCUGGAGCGACGAAGCAAACGGCGGCGGUGCAGGGUGCGAGGACGGUGCCGAUGAAGAGGAGCGUCCGACAGGGGGACUUGGUCGCAGGGCACUACCAGCUAAUCAGAGGAAUGUUGACGAUACAGACGGCUCCUCUGAUGCUGGAUCAAACAAAGAAGCGUUUAAAGGGGACCACCGCAGAUCCUCAUGGGGCUCCUCCUUAGAGGGCGGCGACGAUGAGCUGCCCAAAGAAGAAGAGGGAAGCGGGGAGACGCUCGAUCCGAAAAGUGAUGUUCCAUCAUCACCUUUAAAACCAGAAGCAGCACUGCAUUCAAAAUGCUCAUUACCUCAACCGAACAAAGACCACCUGGAUACCUCCUGGGAUUCUCCAUCCCCACCUCGGCCAGCCAGAGAUGAACCGUUGCCCUCUUUGGGAUUAUGUUCGACCAGCACUCCUCAGUCCGAAAACAGGCCAGCCAAAGCAACAGUGGAUGAAUCCGGGUGGGAUUCUUCUGAAAACGAUAAUGGCUCCUUCACUAAAGGGGAUGUGCAGUCACCAGUUUCCAAAACCAAUAUCGUUACCCCAAACCAGACCGGGGAGCGGCAGCGUUCCGAUGGCUCCGGGGAGGAAGAAGAUAAGGAAAGUGUUGCGAAAGAGUCGAAUAACCCCUUCCCUGCUGCGUCACUAGUAGCUGGGGAUAAAAAAACAACCAUUGGCCAAACACGAGAUAACGAUGACGUUGAAUCCGUUGGACGGUCACCACAAAUGGAUGUAAAAUGUGAGAACGAGGAAGGCGAUGACAGUCGUUGGGGUGACGACGAUGAAAGCGAUGAGUCGGAGAAGCAGAAGGUCAUGGAGGGAAAAGGAGAUGAAGUUGCAGUCUUGAAAGCAUCUCUCUCGACCUCAACGAAGUGGAAGCCCACGAUAGCAAUAGACAGGAAGUCGGAGGGAGAUGAAGACGACGAAAAGGCUCCUCAAUCUAUAAUUGAUGGAGAGGUUAACGUGCUGGAGGAGGAAAUGCCGGCGGGGGAUCAGAGAGACGCUCCCCGGCCAAGAGCGUCAUCACAGGACCUCGACGAACAACCAAUAAGGGAAGCGAUUCCAUCAAGCCCCGCCCCCAAAGACGGUCUCGCCGCUGCGACGUCCUCACGCGAAGCGCUACCUCAGACCGACAUUGACGACGUCGAUCUGGACUCGCCCGAUGAGGCGGAGAGCGUAGGCGUGAAGAGUCGGGAGCUCGUAAACGUUGACGAGCCCGUCGUUCAGAAAGAAGAUUCCACUGGGGAUGAGGAUGUUAAUGACCAAGAGGAGGAGGAAGAUGAUGAAGACGUCUCUGAUGAAAACGAUGAACCUGAAGAGAGCGGAGAGUCCCUUGACGCCACUCCACCUGUUCCUGAAACAGAAGUCUCUAAAGAUAAGAAAAGAGAUUUCCUGUCCGAGCUCGGUCUAGAGAAGGGAGACGAGGAGCAGGAUUCCUGGGACUCUGAGUCCCAUUCCGAAAACCCCGACAUGCCUCGUGCAGAGAAACAAAGCCUGCACACUCGGGAUCAAGAACAGAGGAACUCUGCCGAGCAGCAGAUUAAAGAAAACGUUUUUUACGUUCCCUCUUUUUUAAGAGGGGAAGGAGACGAUAGGAUGGCCGUUCUAGAGCCUCGGAGGAGUGUAGGGAGGCCAAGAGGCAGCCAGGGAGAGGUUGAGAUCAAUAAUGACGACAAUGGGGCUGCGCAAGUGGAGAAAGGCGGUUCUCUACCGAAAGAGACGGAGAAGGCCAAAUGGAAACCCCUCCAUGUUGUGAGCAAACUUGAAGGAGACGGCCAACGAAAGACGGACUUAAUGGAAGAGUUUGGUCUCGGCGACGUUGAUGAUCUUGAAGAUCCAUCCGACUGGGACUCGGCCAGCACCGCCAGUAGGAGAACCCUGCCUGGCCGCAGAAUGCCCUCCCCGGGAAUUGAGGAAUUCCCAGAAUGCUCCAAUCCACCUGUUGAAGAGCAGGAUGAAGACAUCGCUCCAGCAGCCGCGCCGACACCUCCGAUGAGCAUCAACUCUGACGGGACUCUGCCCAGCACGCCCCUUCAGCCCGUCCCGCAACCCCAGCCUCGAACCAGGAAGAUGGCGCUCCAGAAACCAGAGAGUGAAGAAGAAUCAGAUUGGGAGCCAGACAAUGUCGUGUCCUCUCACAAUAAAGCCAAAAUUGACAAUCGGUUGCAGAAUAUAGCUGCGCUCCAGACAGCGGUCACACCAGGUUCCACGGAGCUCUCCCCGAUGGCUAAAGACGGUACGAGUAGAAGAGUGGAGUCUGAAGAGCAGCAGCAAAAGGAGGUAGAUGAUGCAAUAGACCCACGUGCGUUAGAUCUGAAUAACCCAUGUCCAUCUGGCCAUGUGAGCUCUGACGGCAGAGAGAAAGAAGCCGACUUCCGGGAUCAACGGCGUCCCGGAGAAAGAAGUGAAGCGGGCGACGGCGUUCCAUGGGAGAACCGCUACGAGAAGCUCUGGGUAGAGGUGGAAAAAAGGGACGUCAAAUCCACCUUCAAGAGCGUCGCCGGGGAACUGAAAGAGAAGUUCGGAGAACUGCGUGCACCGAGACACUCUGCUGAAGACGUGGCGGAGGAGGAAGAGCGGGCCACGGCCGAAUCUACUUCUGCAGAAGAAGAAGGAGAAGAGGAAGAGGAGUCGAGCGAUGAGGACGAAGGGGAAGUCAUUGUGCGCCCCAUGGCCAGAGCGAGGAGCACCGGCCUUCUCACCAUACCCGAGCAGAAGGAGUCCGGACCGGAAGACUCUGCGACGGAGUCGACUGACGACUCCUCGCGCGAGCGCCCAGCUAGGGACCCACACCUGGACCCAAUCCGGAGGAACAGCGCCAGUUCCGAAGAGGAUCCCGAGGAAGUCGCCAAGUCCCGCCCCCCCUCACGAGGCAGACGCUCGGCCUCCGUCCCGUGUGUUUCUGACGAAGAGGACGCGGGCAGAUUGAAACUCGAGGUAGGGGUCCUGAAGCAUGUCUUCCUGGAUUCGGAGAAGGAAACGGCCCGGCUCCAGAACGAGGUUGGCAAGGAGACGACAGAGAUCGCGUCGGAGGCUCAAAAAUCCAUAACUUCCGGUGAUACUGGUGGAAUGGCUCUGGAAAAAGCGGGUACUGAGAAACCUGAGACCAGAUUCGGAUCAACGCACCAGGAGCAGCCGUCAGCGGCCACCGAGAGCAUCAACGGGGCAGCGGUAGAGGAGACCUCACAGCUGGAGCUGGUCAGAGGGGCCCGGCGCAGCAGAGCCCCUCAGACCAACACUCAUGUCAAUGGAGACCCUCUGUCGGUGUUUGAUGAUAGCACUUUAAGUGAAUUGUCCGACGAUGAAGGAAGUGAAAGACAUAACAACAAGAACCUCGGUGACGCCGGGAUGCCUGGAGACUUCGACGAGCUCAGUCAGUCGUCCGACACGGGCACCGACGACAUCGACUCUCCCACUUCAGGCUAUCGCCACGCAUCCCUCCUCAUCCAGAAGCUGGACUCAGUCACUUUCGACUCGAGAAGCAUGGUGAAGCUGCAGAACAUCUUCCACGAAUACGAGCGCUGCAUCCAGAAGGCGAGGAGUCGCCACGGCUACCUGGCCGACAAGGUGAGGCAGCUGGAAACGGAGAGGGCCGAGUUGAAGAGCUCUCUGGAGGAAGUUAAAGAAGUGAAAUCUGCCUUGGAGCGCAACCAGCUGGAGCUGCAGACGGAAGUCACAAACCUCAAAUUUCAGCUGAAACAGGAGCAGGAGAACCGCCGAAACGCCACCAUGAUGUACAACACCACCAGAGACAAGCUGAGGAGGAUGGAGGAGCAGCAGCAGUUGGAGGUGCAGGAGAGACAGAAGGUGGAGCUCUCCCUCAGGAAUCUGGAGCUGGAGAUGAGAACACUGGUCAACAACAUGAAACAGCUGGAAGAGGACCACAGCGAGACCCAGAGGCUGCUGGCUCAGGAGCGCAGCGCUCGGACGCUGCAGGAGAAUCUGCUCAGCAGCCAUCUUCGAAAGCAGCAGGAGAUCGAGGCCGACAACAAGAGGAACAUCAGCAAAAGCAACGAGGCCUUGUCUCAGCUCACUGAAGCCAGCGACAGGGAGCGGGAGUUGCUGCAGCAGAGUGCGAGCUUCCAGGAUCAGCUGACCAUCCUGAGAACGGACCUGGAGCGAGCGCACGCCACCAGCAGUCUGAAAGAGAGCCACCUAUUGGACGAGAACGAGGCGCUCAAGGAGCAGCUCGAAGACGCCCGGCGAGAUCUCAAACUCAACGGCGAAGCCCUGACCCAGACCGUCUUCAACUGCAACGGCCAGCUGACCGCGCUGAAGUCGGAGUCCACCGUGGCCACGUCGCGUCUGGAAAAUGAGCGGCAGGCCCGCGAAACGCUGGACGCGGAAGUCGAGUCCACUCGCAUCCGCCUGGCCGGAGCCGUGAAGGAGGCGGAGCUCUGCAUGGCAGCUCGCGCAGACGCAGAGAAAGCUCUCCUCCGAGAGAAAGAGGAACACCGGCGUCUUCAAGACAAACUCACAGGCGACGCAGCCAGUCAACGCGAGGCGGUCAGCGGCCUGUCCCAGAAGCUGGCCAAGGCUGAGAGUCGCGCCAACAGCAUGGAGAACGAAGUCCACCGGGCCACGCUGCAGCUGACCGAGAAAAGCCUCCUGCUGGACGUCCUGCAGCGGGAGAAGGAGCAGGCGGCCGCGCUCACCAAGGAGCUGGAGUCGGCCCUCCGGGUCGAGAGGGAGCAGAUCAGCCGCGUCGGCGCGCGCCAGGAGGCCACGCAGGAGCGGCUGGCCCAAACCCAGAGCGACGGUAUGCUGCUGCGGCAGCAGCUCGAGGAGGCCCAGAACAAAGGCGUGGCCAAAGAGCACGCGGUGACCGACGCCCACGAGCGCUUCAGCGACAUCGUGUCCAAGCUGCGCUCCGACAGCGACGAGCGCGUGCAGCUGGUGGAGGAGAGGACGAAGGAGAUCGCCACGAAAGCGGCCGAUCUCCGAGAUCAGAUCUACAAGUUGGAGGAAGAGAAGGCCGAAAGAGAGACGAGUCUACGGCAGCUGCAGCAGGAGCUCGCCGACGCCCUCAAGAAGCUGUCCAUGAGCGAGGCUUCUCUGGAGGUCAACACACGCCAUCGCAAUGACCUGGAGGAUGAGAAGGCCCGCCUCUUUAAAGACUUGGACAGGAUCAAAGGAAAGCUGGAGGAAAGCGAAGACCAGUAUGUGCAAGCCGAGAAACGUUUUCACAGUCUCAAGGGCGUUCUGGAAGACAAGGAGAAGGAACUCGCCACCGCUGCUCGGAAACACCAGGAGGCGCUGUCCGCCUCGGCAGCUUCUGGGACCGUCGUCAAACAGCUGGAGGAAGCUGUGCAACAGCUGGAGAUAGAGAACGCCCGGCUGGACGCUGCUGCAAAGCAACAGUCCAACAAAAUCGAAGCGCUUCAGAAAGGGGCUCAGGAAUUUGCCAUGCUCUCUGACUGUGCAGCUGGAGAAGGGGUCAGAGGUCAUUUGGAGAACUUGGUAACAAACCUCCAAAGCAGUAAGAUGUCUUUGGAAGACCAGCUCACUCAUGAGGUCCAGAAGCAAAGCAUGCUCUCUCACACGGCCCAGGACUCUCAGGCCCUGUGGGAGGAGGAGCUGAAGAGCCGCUCCAAGUUAGGGCUGCGCCUGGCGGAGCUCGACAAGGAAAAGGAAGACCUGAGCACCCAGAUGGUGAUCGAAAAGAAGAAAGCCAAAAAAAUAGCGGAGCAGAAGAAGGCUGUCGACACCCGGCUGGAUCAGGAGAUGAAUAGAAACACAGAGCUCCAAAAGGAAAUGUACAGGUUGCGUACUUUAUUGAAGACCGCUAAGAAGAAGUUGCGCGAUCAGGACGUGGGUGGAGCUGAAUUUGUCUCUCCGAUGAGUAGUCUCCGGAUGGAGCAGGGCAGACACGGCCAGGCCGAGGGCUCCUUCGGACGAAUGAAAGAAAAGGUGGACGACCUGCAGGUGGAGCUGGAGAAGGCGGGGUCCCGCCGCAGCCAGCUGGAGAAGGCCAACGGCGACCUGAAGGACCAGCUGGCCUCCAUGAGGAGCUCCAGCUGCAGCAGUGACCAGCUGGAGAGGAGCAAGCGGCAGCUGGAGGAGGAGGUGCUGGACCUGAGGCGGCGGAUGGAGGCGUCUCAGACGGAGCAGGGCCACGCGGAGCAGUACCGGCGCGACGCGGAGGAGCGCGCUCGCUACGAGGUCAAGCAGAAACUGGAGCAGGUCAACGUCUUCCUGCAGUCCCAGGCAGCAUCCCAAGAAGCACUGGACCAGAUCAAAGCGGCCAAUGAGAGCAGCCUGCGCUCCCAGCUGGAGCAGAAGAUCCGGGAGCUGGAGAUGGAGCUGUGCCGGGCCCGCACCACCCACCACGACGGCCUCCACCAGAGAGACUCCACCCGCACGGAGAUGGAGCGAUACCGCCAACUCUACACGGAGGAGCUGCGCCACCGCAAGUCGCUGGCCGCCAAACUCGAGAGGGCCAACGGUCGGCUCGGAGAAGCCAACUCCAAGCUGCUCAACGAGCGCGGCAAGUCCCUGAUCGCCGGCGGCAUCGCGAGCGGGAGUCUCGGAGGGCCCUCGCUGGACGUGGGCUCUUUGGGUUCACCGGCGCACUACGGGGCCACACUGGGGCCCCUCAAUCGGAGCCUCGGCCUGGGACUCUCCCUCCUCAGCCCUGUCACCGAGGGGCAGAACAGCAGGGUGGAGGACUACCUCGCCAAGAUGCAGAGUGAGCUGGACAGAAACAUAUCAAAGGAGUUGAACAGCGCCACGGCGGAGCUGGACGUGACUUCGGCCCGCGUGUCCCCCGUGGGCUCCGCCUCCAGGGUGGAGCUGGACCCCGUCAGCAGGGCCACGCAGCAGUACUUGGAGGUACUCAAGAUGAACAGUAUGAUCUGAACACGAUUCACAGCUGCUGGGAGUCAACGUGACGUUGAUGAGUAACUGUCUGCACCAAGAAUAAGGCCAAAGCCAGCGGCCAAUCACACGACUCCAAGGAACCAACUUCGUACGUAUUUAAUCUCCAUUCUUUUAUGGAAGAAAGCAAAGAUAAUGCACAUCGCACUUAACCACUCAGGAGCAAAGGGCAUGAGUCUAUAUCCAUAU